CCUCCCUCGUCGCCGCGCGCCGUCCUCCUGCCCGCGCUGCCCGGCUCCCGCUGUGGCUGCGGCCCCAGCUCAGGCGCACCGGGAAUCUGCAGCUUCACGAUCGCGCGCUGGACCCUGCGGCAGGUGACCCGGAGCCACCCGAGGCGCGGUGGCCCUGAGCCUGGCCGCCAUCCAUGAGCCCCGCCGCGGACCUACUCCAGGCCGGCCAGCCCGGGUGAGUCCUAGAGCUUUCCCCUCCGCAUCCGCAGCUCUAUGCCACGCUCCGCUAUCACGUUGCGGCAACUUUUGGGAUCUAGUUCGGUUGUCCACGUUUAACUCUGGUCAUGGGGAGGAAGCUGGACCUGUCGGGUUUGACCGAUGACGAGACGGAACACGUUCUCCAGGUGGUACAGAGAGACUUCAAUCUUCGCAAGAAGGAGGAAGAGCGGCUGAGUGAGAUGAAGCAGAGGCUGGCUGAGGAGAACAGCAAGUGCAGCAUCCUCUCGAAGCACCAGAAGUUCGUGGAGCGCUGUUGCAUGCGGUGCUGCUCGCCCUUCACCUUCCUGGUCAAUGCCAGGCGCCGCUGCGGGGAAUGCAAGUUCAGCGUCUGCAAGAGCUGUUGUUCCUACCAGAAGCAUGAGAAACUAUGGGUGUGCUGUGUCUGCCAGCAAGCCAGGCUUCUGAGGACACAGUCACUGGAAUGGUUCUACAACAACGUGAAGAGCCGCUUCAAGCGCUUCGGCAGCGCCAAGGUCCUGAAGAACCUGUACAGGAAACACCGUCUGGAGAGUGGCGCCUGCUUUGACAUCCUAGGAGGAGGAUUGUUCGAACCACACCUGGAGAAUGAAGGGAGUGUUUCAGGAAGUGACUCCACGUUCUACAGGCAGACGGAAGGACACAGCAUGAUGGACACCCUGGCUGUGGCUCUGCGGGUGGCAGAAGAAGCCAUUGAGGAAGCCAUUUCCAAAGCAGAGUCCCAGGGAGACAGCCUGGACAAACAGAAUGAAGCCAGCUACCUGCGAGACCACAAGGAAGAGCUGGCAGAGGAGCUGGCUACAACCAUCCUGCAGAGGAUUAUAAGAAAGCAGAAGAGCAAAGCCGAGCCGCAAGCAGAGGAAGAGGAACCAGAGUGGCCACGGCCCCAGAGUGGCAGUGCAAAGGCAAAGGACGAGGGGACCACAGCCCCUCCAGGACGACAGGGAGCACGUGCCAAGCUCUGGCGGUCUCAGUCUGCAUUCUCCUUCACUUCGGAAGACACUCUGAAGACCUGUCCAGUGGAGGCCGCACCAAGGCAGCCCAGGGACCGCGGUCAGCGUCUGCUCAAGGGGUCUGCUCUGCCCAGCUGGAGGAGCAUGGAUGGACUGGAUGGGACAAAUCUGGUCCCAGUUCUGCAGAGCCCCGACGGUAACUGGAUGGCCCUAAAGGAUGAUGGUACACGGCCCCCAACCCGCCUGCUGGCCAAACCGAAGAGUGGGACCUUUCAGGCCCUGGAGGUGGCGUCCAGUGUGACAUCUGCCUAUGAUGAGAUAGGUUCCGACAGUGAGGAAGACUUUGAUUAUAGUGAGGCCUUGAGUAAGCUGUGCCCAGCAUCCCAGAGCAGGCCAAAGCAGCUCCAGGCUCAGCCUGCACAGGCUCAGAGUUCCGGCCAAGGUCCCUUAGCCACCUCUCCCUCCAACCCUGAGGCCAUGUGUUCCGAUUCGGAGACCUCCUCCACCAGCUCAUCUCGGGAGGCCGGACGCCGGGCUAGGCUGUCCUGGCUGCAGAGGAAGGCCCCCAAGAACUCCACAGCAGAGAAAACGCGCCACCAGGGGAAGGUGGAUGUCAAUUUCAACCCUGAGGCAGCCAGCGGAGAGACUUCCGACAGUAGUGACCAAGAGGAGGCCCUCCCCGCCGCAGACCGCCGGGCCAGGAGAUGGAGGAGGGCCCGAGUGGGCCCAGAGGAGCCAACCCGGAGGCUGCCUUCGCCUGGUGCCCAUCCACAGGCUCCCCACACACCUCAGGUGUCAGACAACGUGUCAGAGACUGACAUCAGCAACGAGGCUCAGAACUGCCGGACCAGCACAGACUCGGCGGAGGAGAGGCUGAGAAACAGAUUGUACGAGUUAGCCAUGAAAAUGAGCGAAAAGGAGACUUCUUCUGGGGAGGAGCAGGAGUCUGAGCCCAAGACGGAGUCUGAGAACCAAAAAGGAAGUAUCUCUUCUGAGGAGAACAACCAGAGCGUCCAGGAGGAGCUAAAGAAGAAGUGUUCUGCUGUUUCUCUCUGCAACAUCUCCACAGAAGUCCUGAAGGUCAUCAAUGCUACCGAGGAGUUGAUCGCAGAGUCUGCAGGGCCCUGGGAGAACAGCCCAGCCCCCAUUGACAGAGAAAAGGGGAUGUUUCCUCUUGGAACAGACCAAGUGAGACUGGACAAGCAGCUGACUUCCUUGGAAGAAAAUGUGUACCUGGCAGCGGGCACUGUGUACGGGCUGGAGGGCCAGCUGAGUGAGCUGGAAGAUGCUGCCCGUUGCAUCCACAGUAGCACAGGUGAGACGGAGCUGGCAGAUCUAGAGGACCAGGUGGCUGCAGCGGCAGCCCAGGUGCACCACGCUGAGCUCCAGAUUUCUGACAUUGAGAGCCGGAUUUCAGCCCUGACCAUCGCUGGCUUAAACAUAGCACCGUGUGUGCGUCUCACAAGACGGCGGGAUCAGAAGCGAAGGAGUCAGGUACAGACUAUAGACACAUCGAGGCAGCAGAGGAGGAAACUGCCUGCCCCUCCUGUGAAAGCUGAAAAAAUUGAAGCGUCUUCCGUGACCCCCAUUAAAACAUUCAACCGCAACUUCCUUCUACAAGGCUCCUCCACAAACAGGCCCAUGGAAAGGAAAGGUGACGCCACAGACGUGAUGGAGCCUGUCCUGGAGUCGGCUGUGAUGUACUAACGCCCAGAACUCCACAGCCAGUGACCCACUGCCUCCGGCCGUACACGACAGUGCCUUGACCCAACAGCCAUCGAGUACUGUGUGGAUUUCCACUGAGGCGAGGGCCUAGGGAGGCCGCAGUGCACUGCUGCACCCAGAAGGCCAUCUCAGUGUGCAACACUGAGGUCUCGCCCGCUCUCUCUGCCUUAGGCUCCCAGGGGAAUCUGAGACCGAAUACCCAGACACUGGCUUCCAUUACCAGAGCUCUGUGUUCAAAAGACGCAUUGUGCCUGUUUAAUUUGCUCCUGCGUGUUGUCUUUACCAACCUAUGUGUUUUUUAAUCCCCCUUUUAUCCCCAUCAACAGGUCAUCCAAUAAAAGUGUUGGAGAGGAGCUUUGGCAAGGAAGGCAGGG